AUGACCGAGUUCACUGUUGUUACAGACAAACUCAAGAAGCACAAAAUAACGAUUUUCAACCAAAAAGAUGACACCAAAGUCGACACAAUCACAGAAGCAAAGUGGCUCGUAUUUAAACUUGAGUACUUCCGAAGGGAGAUCUUAAAGGAGUUAAUCAUUCACGCACAUAAAUACAAACUUCCAACCGUUUUUUUCAAUGGUGUGAUGGUUGCAAAUGAACCGGAAGAGUGUUGCACGGCGUUUUUGUCGUUUGCCCUUUCGAUGGGGUCUUCCCUCUUUGACCCGAACGGAGACGUCUAUCCACACUUCCAGAGUGAGUCGAUUUUGUCAUCAAUUCCGCCCAAAGAUGCAUUGGAAUGUAUUUUCAAUUGGACUGUUGCAGAUCGUUCGACCGUGUCAAUGGUGUUAUCCACCUGUCGAACGUAUUUAACUGACAAAACUCUCUUCCAAGUGUUUGACCACAAGUUAUCGCUUUGUUAUUCAUUUUCCCCGACAUUACAAAAUGACGCAUUCCAACGGUUUUACGUCGUCGUCAAGAAGUUUCUUGACUUUUAUAGUUCCUUAGUUGAUGUGGAAUUGGCACAAGACUUCGAAACGCUUCUGAUCAGUUGCAAAGAGUCGAUGGUCAAAAUUGGGAAAGCGCCGUGUUUGGAUGUUUCCCCACCCGAAGAGUAUUCCCCAAGAACAUUAAUGUCCAUCUUAAGUCCAAGAAAAAGUCGAUCAAAAAUCGUACCGUAUGAACCCACUGAAUCUUCCCAAUUUGUCAGAACAAUGCAGUCUCCUCGUGCGAAUAAAACGGUUUAUGUUUCCGAUUUGGAAAUGCGUGAAAACAAAAAGAGGAGUUUGAGUAUUAAUGAAGAAGAUGUACUCAAACGGAAAAGUGGGACAAGUUACUCUUUACCACGAAAAUCCCCAACUUCAAAUUUUGUGACGCCAUCAGUCUCCCCGUCCCCUCUUUCAUUACAACAAACGACUUUUGAAAACAUUUCAAUGUAUGAGAAAUACCAAUCACCAACACUACUUGGAGAAUGUGGGAUUGGGAAAUACUUGGAACAGUGCGACAAGGAUCUCUUAGACGUCGACUUUGUCUUUUCAAAGAAAAUGAUGCGAACGAAGAAGUCGGGCAAUUUCACGGACAUCCGGUCUCGUAUCAUUGCUGAACAACUUUAUGUCUACGAUCUUAAAAUGUUGGGCAAUACAUCGAUUGGAGAUAUUAUCAAUGGAACACAAAAUGCGAAGGAAUACAUAUCGAGUCUUAAUUGUAUCGAACUGUUAGUCCAAUGCUUCAUAUCAAAAGAGAAUAAUAGUGACACGUUCGACUUCUUUAUUCGUGUUGGAUAUAAGUGUCUGAUAUAUGGAGACUACAAUGCAUCAUUUUUAGUUUACUCUGCUAUAUCAUCACAAACACAGAAAUAUCAAAAAGCCUGGCAAGAAAUUAAAGAGGUGGACAAAUUUAAAACACUGGAGGCUGUGUUUUGUGUGACUAAUACAAAGGCAUAUACCAAUCACUUCGACAAAUGCAAAACUAUGAAAUUUCCAAUCGUCUCAAGCGUACUCCGAGUGAUCGAACAAACUAAAGCACUUCCAGAGCCUGAAAACACGGAAAAUGCGAAGAACGAACAGUACGUCUUUAAAAUGAAACGGAUGUACAAGUCCCUCAAGCCACUUGAGACACUCUACAAAACAUUUAUUCCAUAUGAAAGUAUAGAAGGUAUCCAAGAAUACAUAUCUCUCUUUCGAACGGAAUAA